CAAGAUGGCGGCGCCCGCGGCGGCGGGGGGAAGCGCCGCGGCGCCGGAGGAGCUCGAAGCGCCGGUAGCCGCGGCGGUGGCGCCGGCAGCAACAGCGGCGGCGGUGGCGGGGCCUUCGCGUCCGGCUCGACUGCCUCUGUCUCGCGUGAAGGCGCUGGUGAAGGCCGACCCGGACGUCACCCUCGCCAGCCAGGAGGCGGUCUUCGUCUUGGCGCGCGCCGCGGAGUUGUUUGUGGAAACCAUCUCCAAGGACGCCUUCAUCCACACCCAGCACGGGAAGAGGAAGACCCUGCAGAGGAAGGACCUGGACAAUGCCAUUGAAGCCCUGGAUGAGUUUGCCUUUCUGGAAGGAACGCUGGACUGACCCGUUCGGAAGACGCGUGCCCAGAAGGAAAGACCGAGGUGCUGCCUCCCUCUUCGCCUGUCAAGGAAGAGCCUCCGAAAAAUCCCUUUGUAUAGAGCCAGUUGUGCGAUUUGUACAUAUGUGGUGUUAUUUUCUCUUAAUACAUGUAUUUUUUCCAUA